AUGGAUGCACCAAUAAAGGUGGCAAUUUUUGGUGGCACUGGCCAGACAGGUUCACUUAUUGUGGACGGUCUUCUCACCUCUAGCACUAAUUUUCAAGUCUUUAACAUCACCAGGGAAUCAUCUUUCCAUAGUGCGAGCAACGAGAAACUUCGACAACGUGGUGUAACCGUCAUCAAAGCCGACAUUAAGGGCGCGAAACAAGACCUAGUUGAGAUUUUGCAGGGUAUCGACAUUGUCAUCGUCGCUCUCCACUUUAACGCCUUGCUUGAUCAGGUGUCUCUUGCUAGAGCUGCCAAGGAGGCUGGUGUGGGGAGAUUCGUUCCCUGCCACUUUGGAACCCCAGGCAUUCGCGGCAUUAACCUGACAAAUGACUUGAAGAAACUGGACGUUCUUGAUGAGAUCCUCACCCUCCAUCUGCCCUAUACCGUGAUCGACGUUGGGUGGUGGUCUCAGGAAGCCUUGUCGGCGGCUCCUCUUCCAUCAGGUCGAACGAGCCAUUGGUUUCUUGAACGAAUGCGCAUAAUACCAGGUGAUGGGAAUGUCAAAUGUGCCUUCACAAGCACGGCAGACAUUGGUCCAUACAUAGCCCGAGUCCUCGCCGAUCCUCGGACUUUGAAUCAAAAGGUUUUAUGCUAUACAGACGUCCUGACAUAUAAUGAAGUUGUCGACAUUAUCGAGGAAGAAAGUGGAGAGAGAACCCAAAAGAUAUAUAAGUCGGCAGAGAAGAUAUUCGAGGACCUCGCUGCCGGGAAAGCAGCACUCGAAGCGAACCCAGACGAUUGGGAAGCCAAGUUCAAAGUCAUCAUGAACCAGUAUUACAAUUCCUACGGACUGAGAGGCGACAACACUCCACAGAUUGCAAGAUAUUUGGGCUAUCUCGACUUCCAGGAGCUAUAUCCGGAUGCGAAAGGCGAGACAAUGAGAAUGGUUGUCCAAAACGUUAUGCAACAAGCGCUGAAAAGCUAA